UGGCUGCUGAAUGAAUUAAUGAUACCAUGCCAAAAUUAGGAAUGAUAAAAAAUUUGAAGGAAAAAGUCACUUUUUUUCAACGAAAUGUCAAAUAUUAAAUAUCAAACUAUUUUUUAAUGUUUAAAAGUACUAAGGAUAUCCACAAAUGUUUAAAUUAUCAUGUUAAAUAGAGUAUAUGUAUAAGGGCUAUUGACAAAUAAGGUUGUCCAAUUAAAAAUCUAUACAUGUCUGAAGUUCGAAGAAAUGUAAUCUUUGUGUCUAUGUUGGUUUCAUAAAUUAAAAAAACAAACAUUUAUAGCAUUUUCUACAAAAAAAUUAUUUAAUGAAUUCAAAUUGUGUAACCAAACACAUACUAUCUGGCUGAUAUUUAGUCAAUCAUGGACAAUGGUUUCAUAUUUGAAAUGAGUUUUAUUAAAUUAAAAUUACCAUGUAAAUUCAACUUGAAUUCUUCAAGUAGAGGAAACUUUACUGAAUCAAAUAAACCCAUCAAAAUUUAACGCAUUAAAAUAAUUCCGAUGAAACACUCUUGGUGAAAUGUUGACUAGAUAGGAAAUGUUAUCAUGCUAAAUACAUGCUGGUGGGAAGCAAUACUGAGUGCAACCUGGUCACUAUGCUAUGGUUAGCACAGCAACUGAUCAAUGGAUAAAGUAAUAUAUAUACACACACACGCACACACACUGGUGGUCAAAAGUUUGGAAUAUUGUACAGAUUUUUCUGUUUCGGAAUGAAAUUGUUACUUUAAUUCACCAGUGGAAUUCAACUGAUCACAAAGUAUAGUCAGGACAUUACUGAUGUAAAAAACAGCACCAUCACUAUUUGAAAAGUCAUUUUUUGUUGAAAUCUAGACAGGCCCCAUUUCCAGCAGCCAACACUCCAACACCUUAUCCUUGAGUAAUCAUGAUAAAUUGCUAAUUUGGUACUAGAAAAUCACUUGCCAUUACAUCAAACACAGCUGAAAGCUAUUUGGUUUGUUAAAUGAAGCUUAAUGUUGUUUUUGUUUUUGAGUUGCCUCAGUAUGUAAUAGACUGGCAUGUCUUAAGGUUAAUAUUAGGUCAAAAAUGGCAAAAAAAGAAACAGCUUUCUCUAGAAACUCGUCAGUCAAUCAUUGUUUUGAAGAAUGAAGGCUUUACAAUGCUUGAAAUUGCCAAAAAAACUGAAGAUUUCAUACAAAGGUGUACACUACAGUCUUCAAAGACAAAGGACAACUGACUCAAACAAUGACAGAAAGAGAUGUGGAAGGCCAGAUGUACAACUAAACAAGAGGAUAAGUACAUCAGAGUCUCUAGUUUGAGAAAUAGACGCCUCACAUGUCCUCAGCUGACAGCUUCAUUGAAUUCUACCCACUCAACACCAGUUUCAUGUACAACAGUAAAGAGAAGACUCAGGAGUGCAGGCCUUAUGGGAAGAAUUGCAAAGUAAAAGCCACUUUUGAAUCAGAAAAACAAAAUGAAAAUGUUAGAGUGGGCAAAGAAACACAGACAUUGGACAACAAAUAAUUGGAAAAGAGUGUUAUGGAUCUUAACCCCAUUGAGCUUAUGUGGGAUCAGCUAGACUGUAAGGUGCGUGAGAAGUGCCCGACAAGACAGCCACAUCUAUGGCAAGUGCUACAGGUAGUGUGGGGUGAAAUGUCACAUGAGUAUCUGGACAAACUGACAGCUAGAAUGCCAAGGAUCUGCAAAGAUGUCAUUGCUGCACGUGGAGGAUUUUUCGAUGAGAACUCUCUGAAGUAGUUAAUAGUUAAUAUUUUUUUUUCAAAUUGUAAUAGUAAUUUUUCAUGUUAUUAAUGUCCUGACUAUACAUUGUGAUCAGUUGAAUGCCACUUUGGUGAAUAAAAGUACCAAUUUCUUUCCAUAAGAGCAAAAUCUGUACAUUAUUCCAAACUUUUGGCCAACAAUGUGUAUGUAUGUAUAUAUGUAUAUGUAUGUGUAUGUGUGUAUAUAUAUAUAAAAAACACACACAAACUCACUGGCCACUUUAUUAGGUACGCCUUUACAUUUACUUAUUCAUGCGAUUAUCUAAUCAGCCAAUCGUAUGGCAGCAGUGUAGUGUAUAAAAUCAUGCAUAUAUGGGUCAGGAGCUUCAGUUAAUUUUCACAUCAAUCAUCAGAAUAGGGAAAAAUGUGAUCUCAGUGAUUUCGACCAAGGCAUGAUUGUUGGUGCCAAACGGGCUGGUUUGAGUAUUUCUGGAACUGCUGAUCUCCUGGGAUUUUUACACACAACAGUCUCUAGAGUUUACUCAGACUGGUGCUAAAAACAAAAAAACAUCCAGUGAGCGGCAGAUCUGUGGGAGAAAACGGCUUGUUAAUGACAGAGGUCAACAGAUAAUGAUCAGUAAAGCUAACAAGACACUUUUUGUGUUGUUGAAUUAACUGUUAAUUUAAGUUCUUUUGGUUACAGAAUUUUUUUUAGUAAUAUGGACAAGGAAGGAUUGAGUAAAACUGACAAUAGUUAAUGGUGCUGUAAGCUAUUUUAGCAUUCUGAAGCUUUCAUGUGACUGAGCUGUUGAAUUAGUCACGCCCCCGCAUUCCAAAACCCCUCCCUCCAAAGAUAAUUUUGAGACCACAAUGGAGCAAAAGAGCAGCAUUGUUUGUUCCUGUGGCUGUCAAAUUCAAUAGUGGCACAAUAGCGCCCUCAACUGACAAACAUUAUGAAUCAUAGCCUGAAUGAUCUGCUUCAAAUACAACACUAUGAGUACGAGCAAAAUGAUUGACAGGUGAAAAACGUCAAUGUCUGCGGUUCCCGGACACAGUUUGCUGUUUUCAAAGUGUACAGCUGUCACAGAGACCGGUGAGAUAUCUCAGGGCACUUAUUUCAUUAAUAUCUUUAAGGGAGUAGGACAAUUUUUUGCAUACUUUUCCAUGAAAAAAUCACUUACAGCACCUUUAAAGUAAAUUGUUUUGAGUGCAUUAAGUAAAAUGUAUUUAAAGGGUUAUUUCACCCAAAAAUGAAAAUUCUCUUAUCAUUUACUCACCCUCAUGCCAUCCCAAAUGUGUAUGACUUUCUUUCUUCUGCUGAACACAAACAAAGAUUUUUAGAAGAACAUCUCAGCUCUGUAGGUCCAUACAAUGCAAGUGAAUGGGUACCAACACUUUGAAGCCCCAAAAAACACAUAAAGCCAUCAUAAAAGUAAUCCAUAAGACUCCAGUGGAUUUAUUAGUCUUCUGAAGUGAAACGCUAGGUGUACGUAAGAAAUAGAUCAAUAUUUAAAACUUUUUUUUAAUAGAAAGAAAAUCACACAUAUUGGAUAGUAUGAGGAUGAGUAAAUGAUGAGACAUGGCAUGAUGACUAUUCCUUUAAGUACUUUCAUUGCACCAAAUACAGAUGAUGGUUCACUACAUUCUUUAAUUUAAAAUAAUAAUAAUAAUAAUAAUAAUAAUAAAAAUCUAAUAUGCUUUUUUUUAUCGUAAGGUUUUUUUUUUUAAUGAAUUAGGUCAUGAAUAUCAUGAAAUUUACUCCAAGAGUUACUCCAUGUGACCUGAACAGAAUGUGACUUUUUAUAAUCUCUCUCUCGUGUGUGUGUGUGUGUGUGUGUGUGUGUGUGUGUGUGUGUGUGUGUGUGUGUAUCACAACCACAGAAUGGCUACCUGCAUGUUGGGUACACCACCUGACUUUGAUUUGGACAAACUUUUUUUAUUUAUUUUUUUAAAUAUAAAUAAUCUUUAUAACAAAAUUAUAUAAGAAAUAAUAAUACUAUAUUUUUCCAAAAUACUCAUGCUAACAUGUCUAAUUUUUUCAAGAAUUUCAAGCUUUUAAAAAAGCUUUUAUUUUUUAUUAUUAAUAACUUUUUUCUUUCUUUUUUUUUUUUUUUUUAUUAUUAUUAUUAUUUUUUUUCUUUUUCUCUCCAGACGGUUACACCACUUAGACGUUUUGGACUUUAAGCCCCAGAAGAAGAAAAAAAUACUUUUUUUUUUUUUUUCUGAACUAAGAAAUUGAAAUAUGUUCAUCAUAGUAGAGGUGCGUACCAGUACUCAUUUUGUGUUAACUAGAUUUUAAUGUAUUUCUUAGGGACGUCAUCGUUCCAGACAAAAAAGAAAGGAAAAAAGAGCCCAAUAAAUAUUUAAUCGCAGUUCAGCAUUGAAUAAUUCCAGGGAGUAUUUAGCAGAGACGGGUCACUUCUAUUAAAAUGAAUGGGAGAAAUUAGAACGGCCAACGGUCACCAACGGUCAACAGAUGUAGAAAGGAAGUCCCGCCUUCAGGUAAAAGAGCCAAUCACCUUUUAGAUACAGACAUCGCCUGCCAAUCAUCUCGAGAACGCGCAUGCGCAUUUGCUAUACAAACCGGGAUAAUUCAGUUUUUUCGCGUAAUCUGAGGUGAAGAAGCACAAUGUAUGAUACCAGUGUAGUCAGAUUUUACGGCUAAUUUGAAAUAUGUCCUUUGGUCGUAAUCUUGACCAACCUUUUUGGAGGUUUCGAUCUUUCCCUAUUCAAGCAGAUAGGAGCUGCACUGGCAUGCCGCUUGUAUACAUAGAACAAUAGCUCAUCGGGAGGGUUCCAAAAAUGGCCGUCGAGUGAACUGACUUGCUAAAAAGACUUUGAUAAUUCUUAAUGGAGCGAAUAAAAAGCGUACCGGAGUUUUACUUGCACGCACAUUUAGUGUCCGACAGGUGGCGGUGUAAAGCCAUCAUGUUGUCUCAUGUCACCUCCAUUGGCUUCGAAGAAAAAAGCGGAACCACUAUUGCCUGAGAUGUUGCUGUGGAGACGUUAAGUUUACAACCCCCAAAGACAGGUUUGAUAAGACUUUUAGAGUCACCUCCAGCCCAAUCCAGCCACUAUGCUUCAGGCUGAGACCCUCCAGCUGCUUUGCCUCACAGCCUCCAGUGGAGUCCCACUGUUCUCACGAGGAUCCUCCAAGCCGCUUCCCUUUUCCAUCAUCGGCUCUUUAAACGGUGUCCAUAUGUUUGGUGCCGGACAUGGGGCUCAGUUAUCGAGCUGCGAGACAGAGCGGGGCAGUCGUGUGGUUUGGGGGGUCUUUCAGGAGAGCCUGAUGCUGAUUGCGGUGAGUGGAGGUGGAAGCUCUUCCACCAGUGAGAUGCAGUUGCGCCGCCUGCUGGAGAACGUGUGGAACUGCAUGGUCAUGGUCCUGGGACAGGACGAGCUGGCAAACAUACGCAACGUGGAGCGACUUAAACGGGAGUUGCGUUCUUGCUACCGCCUCAUUGACAUGCUCCUGGAGCGUGUUAAUGACGACCAGGGAUUUAUGGGACAUUUAACGCAAUGCGCUGACUGCCUGUUGCCCUCCCAUUCUGGUCUGCUUCAGGAAGCCCUAGAGUCCUUCACCCAGGCAGCGGAUAGUGAAUUCGGCUGCCUGCUGGUGCACGGCCGAGUGGGACAGGCCACGGAAAAAUGGUGGUCGCGACUGGCUCCCCAAGAAGUUGUUGUGCUCUCAGCAUUGGUACACUCACUCUCCGGCACCUCCUCAUGCGACUAUCCAGUCUUCCUGCCCCAAGGCAGUCCCACCGUCGCCAUUCGAUUGCUCUGUUUCAAACUGCUCCCUGGGGUUAACGUAUGUGUUCUCUGUGGCCCCAAACCCUCCUUGUACAAGGCGGAGAAUGAGCUUGUCAGUCGUUUUUGGUCCCCUUUGGUGGAGACUCUUCGGAGCUGUCUCGAGCAGGCUGACCGCUCCACUCUGCCUCCAUCUGUGAACCUUCGCUGGGACGUCCAGGCUCUCCUACUCAUCAGUCGUGAAUCCCGACGUGCAGUCACCUUCUGCCCACGUAUUCGUGGCAGUGCUCCUGCAGAGGCUACUCCCCUCAUCUCAUCAGCUAGGCGUUUGGAGCUUCUUCGCCUCUUCUAUACAUUUGCAGUGACUCGAUAUUUUCCCUCAGAGGAAACAUCCAUCUCAUCUACCUCCAAACCCACCCUUGAGGAUUUCUCUCAGGGCUUUACUCACGUCCCGGUGCAGUGCUACCUUGUCACCGAUGAGUGUAAGUGUUACGGGCUGCAGAAUCCCCAGCACCAGCUCUACCUCCUCACGGAUCUCUCCGUGCCCACGUUUGCCUUGCGUUCCAUGGCUACACAGACUCUCUCCGCUAUUACUGCUGCAACAAGUUUUUAGAAAAUAAGUUUGGUCCUGUAUUUGUGGGUCCUUACUUAAACAGGUGCCAGACCUGCUUGAGGAAAGAAGUCAUUCCAAACCCAUAUGACUUUCUUUCUUCUGCUGAACACAAACAGAGAUUUUUAGAAGAAUAUUUCAGCUCUGAAGGUCCAUUCAAUGCAAGUGAAUGGUGACCAGAACUUUGAAGCUUCAUGAAAGUAAUCCAUAAGACUCCAGUUAAUCAAUGUCUUCUGAUUUGGUCCAGUCAGGUUUGUUUUAGAACAGACCAAAAUAUGACUCCUUUUUCACCAAAAAUGUUGACAUCUGCAUUCUCCUUGCCGAUCAUGAUUUCCAGCUCGAUUAUCUUGCUAGCACCAUCUAGCGCUCUGCACAUGCGUCAAACAGUAGGAAGUGUAAUCGAGCUUGAUAGUACGAUCGUACCUAGAGACGGCAAUGACAAAAUGUACAGUAAAAAAGCAGUUCUAUUUUGGUCUGUUCUCACCCAAAACUGAUUGGAUCACUUCAGAAGACAUUGAUUUAACCAUUGGAGUCUUAUGGAUUACUUUUAUACUGUGUUUAUGUGCUUUUUGGAGCUUUUGGAGUUCUGGUCACCAUUCACUUGCAUUGUAUGAACCUACAGAGCUGAAAUAUCCUUCUAAAUUGUUUUGCUUGCGUUCAGCAGAAGAAAGAAAGUCAUACACAUCUGGGAUGGCAUGUGGAUGAGUAAAUGAGGAGAGAAUUUUCAUUUUUGGGUGAACUAUCCCUUAAAUGCUUUUUUAGAUCUCUGUUUGGAAAACGUGUAAAAUCACUGGAUUUAAGCCUUCUUGGUAGGAAAUAAAAAUAUGUGAGUCCAGUGUAAAGGUAGAUUUACACUUAUGUUUUUUGUAUGAUUCUACUGUAUGUUAUUAUUUUAGUAUAUGUGUAUCAUUCACACUGUGAUACAAGAUUUAUUUUAUGCUACCUGCUUGGUGCAUUGAAUGCUACUGAAUGUCAAUGCAAAGGUGUUUGUUCCUGUGGUCCAACAUAAUAUAAUUUUUUUGAAGUUGUGUGUAUGUUUAUAUUCACUUAAUGCCACUGGUCACCCCUUAAAAAUGAAUAAUAUGUUUGAAUUUGUGCAAAAAUACAAAACAUUUUUUUAAUUUUUUUUUUUUAAGAAUCUUGGGAUUUUUUUGUCUUUUGCUGCAGAUUCAGCAAGGAAAGAAAUUGUAAGGCUAAAGCCUAGCAGUAAAUAUACUGUUAAAUAUACUGAGCCAGACAACCUAAGGGAAGUGUUUACAGUUUUAUCUUUGAAAAUCUCACAAUUUGUAUGUAUAAGCAGAGCACAUCCUAAAUAAAGCCCUGCCCCUGCUGACCAUUCAUAUUGUUCCAAGAACAGGGUUCUGCCCACAAAAGCCAGGCUCAUUUUUACAAUACCAGUGGGUAGACUUGAGGAGAAAGAAGCAUAUACUUAACCACAUACUAUAAAAGCAUGUUAAAUAAAGACAGAUGUGGGUGUGAGCAACACGCAUCAUUUUAAAAAUAAAUGGCAGUUAAUGUGCAAUUGCAGACCAAAAGUCCAGCCCAGUCUCACAAGGGACAAAUUCCUGGUUUCUCUGCAAAAGAACAUUUGUGUGAACUGUUCUUAUGAAACUUUACUCAUCAUUAGAAAGAUGUGUGAAGACAUUUUUGUGGUACACUACCUUCAUUUCAGUUCACUUCAGAUCACUGCUAAUAAAUGGUGCAGGUAGCUUGUUAUUUUAUGCAAUAGUCCUUAUUGGUAAAAUUGCAUUUUAUUCUUUAUGUACAGUAUCUAUCAACAAAUGGAGCUUUUGUGACUUAAAAGUCCAUUGUUCGUAGAGCACCAACAAAUGUCUUCACUUAGUAACAUGGUGUCAAUGAGUCACUCCCUCAGUCAAAGGUCAACUUUGUCUGAUCUACACAUAGUCUAUGCCUAAAUAUUGUUACUAGACAGACAAUCAGCUGUACUUAAAGAGUGUACAAUCUUGUUCUAUUUUUGAAAGACGUUAUAUUUUAGCUUAAAUCAAGCAAUUCAACCACACACAUGACAUUCAUUAUCUUUGCAGUCUGGCCUACUGCCAGCAUUUAUGAAUCUUAUGCAUUGUCUGAGCAGAGAACCUGUUGUAGGAUUAGAUUAGAAAUGAAAUCAGAUCCAGUAUGCUUUGCCUUGAUCUCAAAGAAAGAAUGUAAACUGUCUGUGUUCCAGGAACCAGUAUCACAUCACACUAUCUUUUAUUAAUCUUUAUUAGCACCCUGAGUGCUUGUUAAUGGUUCUUACAUAUCAUCAGAGUAGUUGCAGGUUAUAGACUUAUAUCAUAUUUAAGAUAAACAAUAAGAAUUUUAAUUACAGAAAAACAAAACUACUGCUAUUCUCAUGAUUAUACAUUUAAUUGUUUGUAAACAUUUUCAAAUCUCAGUUAAAUCUCUCAAUUAAAUGUAAUUUAACUUUAAUUCAAGCUUAUUUUAGAGGAAACAGGAACCUUAUCUCUAAGCCCGUGCAAAGGAUAGGAUAUGUGAUAAUGUCAUCAUGGCAUCCACAAGUAGAUAUACUGUAUAAACAGACAUUUAAGACACUGAAACAUGUAUUAAUUUAACUUGAUGGCUAUGCUACAAUUUACCUUUUUAUCCACUUUGAAUAGCUUAAAGCCACACUGAUAAAUACACAUUUAUUUUCUAAAGAAUGUCAAACCUUUUUCUGUCAUGUGACUUCAUUUUAAUUGGGAACUAUGGAGGAGAAAGAAGAUCAUAGUUCUGAAAUGUCCUGAUCGUGGGGUGCAUGAAUGUGGGCAAAGGGGUGAUAUGAGACCUCAUUUCAUAACUGAAUCCACAUGAAUAAAUCUAUUGUAAUUGUGCAUAAAACCCUACUAUUAUACAUGGACAGAUGGCAAGCUGUACAAAAAUGGGGUGAUGAGGAAAUAUUGAAAGGUUUUGAUUAAUGCAAAAGUUGGUUGGUCACAUGUUUUCAUGUGUCCUCUUUGAGCUGCAACUCAGCCCAAUUAUGACAUAAUUUGCUUGUCAUUGUGUCAUACUUUAUGACUGUGGGCAAUGUCACAUGCAUUCUGUGAAUUGUGUGCAAUUAAAUGUGCCACUAAAUUGAGAAAUUCAUUUGACAAUUCAUUAAAAAUCUGUGUACCCUA